AUGCCUCAACCACAACAACAGGACCUGUCUCAGGUGCCUAACUUGACCGAGGACAAUCUGACGACCAUUCUCACCAACCGGUUUCAACAGGGCCAUAUCUACACUCAGAUCGCAUCCUCAGUCCUCAUCCAGCUCAACCCGUGCACCCCAGGUAAAGUUGACCUGCCUGAGGCCACACUCCAGGAACAGGUCCUGAUAUACAAAGACGGCGCAAGGCUUGUGCCUCCAAAUGCCGCACAGCAUACCGCAGGAGCCAAUGGCAGUAUACCAGCGCCACAUGCCAUUCAGCUCGCAACAAGUGCGUACCUGCACAUGAGGAGAACAGGACAGGACCAAUCGAUCAUCACUAGUGGUCAAAGCGGAAGCGGAAAGACUGAGGGCGCACGCCAGAUCGUCCGCCAGCUGAUCGCGCUGAGCAGCCAGCCCAAGAAGGAGACCAAGAUUCAGAACCAGAUCAUAGCCGCCGGUGCCAUCAUCGAGGCCUUUGGCCAUGCCAAGACCAGCCUAAAUAUCAACGCCUCGCGUGUCGGACGAUUUACAGAGCUACAGUUUAAUGAACGCGGUCGCUUGCUCGGCGCCAAGAUGCUCGACUACUUUCUGGAGAAGAAACGGAUCACUCGCUCGGCAUCGACCCCAGACGAACGCAACUUUCACAUUUUUUAUCAAUUGCUUGCGGGCGCCACUAUCGAGGAAAAGACACAUCUCAGAUUGACAGAUGGCCAGUUCCAGUAUCUAUCGCCAGCCUCCCUUAACAGGAACAGGACAUUUCCUGGCAUGGACGACGCAGUCGAGUUCGGCAACGUCAAAACCGCGCUCAAGGUUCUGGGAUUUCAGAAGAAGCAGGUCGCACAGAUAUUCCAGCUCCUUGCCGCAGUCCUACAUCUUGGCAACCUGACCUUCAUGGAGGAUGCAACCCACACAAACGACGCCUGCGUAGUCCGGAACGUCGACACCCUCAUCUUUGUGGCAGACAUCCUCGGAGUAGACCCUAACGCACUGCAAAACACACUGACGUACAAGACCAAGCUGAUAAAAAAGGAGUUAUGUUCCGUCUUUUUGGAUGCCCAAGGCGCAGAGCAGCAGAGGGAUGAAUUGGCCCAGGCACUCUAUUCCCUACUUUUCUCUUGGGUUGUCGAGUUCUUCAACGUCAAACUCUGUCAUGAGGCCCCAGCCAACUUUAUCGGCGUCGUCGACAUGUUCGGAUUCCAGCAAUACACAGUUAACGGAUUAGACCAAUUUUGUGUCAACUAUGCGAACGAGCGACUGCACCAAUUCUUUCUGAAUCAAGUCUUCGAAACCAGCCAUUCGGAUUUCGAACUCGAGGGUAUCACUUCAAUCCCCCGAAUCCAAUUCUUUGAUAACGCUGCAUGUCUGCAGCUGCUGGGCCAGCAGCCAGAGGAUGGUCUGAUCGGCAUAAUGUCCAACCAGUCACGACACAUCUCACGUAAGACUGAUGCCACGAUGCUGGAGUCCUUCUCGAAGCAAUACUCGAGGCAUGAUUCGCUCAUAGUAACCCGGAGCAUGAACUCUAAGCCCUCCUUUACGAUCCAGCACUUCCUCGCGCCCGUGACCUAUACCGUAGAGGGCUGGCUGGAGCAGAAUGUCGACAAUCUGAGCUCAGACUUUGUGACCCUCUUCCGGGGUGGGCCUGGCGUCUCGCCAAGCAUGAAUCCAUUCCUUCAAGGACUGUUCACAGACAAGGCUUUGACGACCGAGUCCCAUCCCCGAAAUAACAAAACCAUUGUCGCUGCACAGCAAUCGAUCAAACCAAAGCGCGCUCCAUCAAUGCGUCGGCCCAAAAAGCUUGAGGAAGUUUCAUCCGCCAACCGGGAAAAGCCCGACAGCGACAGUGGUAGCCCCACAGCCGGCAAGGUUGUCUCAAUGGCGGCUCAGAUUCAGUCUGCCACACAGGAGCUCUGUGAUUCGCUCGAGGAGACUACGCCCUGGUUCCUGAUCUGUCUCAAGUCCAAUGAGACAGGAAUGCCCAACCAUGUAGAUUCCCUUGUACUCAAAUCUCAAGUCCGGUCCCUUUGUCUGGCCCAAGUUGCUCAGCGUCUGGCGCUUGAGUAUACGAUCAGCUGCACCCAUCAAGAAUUUCUGGAUCGCUACACCGCCCUCUAUCUGAACCUGCUGGAAGACUGUCCUGCUGGUGCUUCGACCAAGAGUCGGAUGGAAAUGGUUUAUGCAGACGAAAAGUGGACUGUUCAGGAUGCGAGUGUGGGCAAAUAUCGAGUUUACUUAUCCGAGAAGGCCUGGAGAGAGCUCGAAUUCCAACUCAAGAGUCUCGAGUCGGACAAGAAGGGACACGACAGCAACAACAAUGCAAAGGGUGGCUCUGCUCUUGCCAGUAGGCCUGGUGGACUGGAGCACCCAGUUUCGGUGGUCAUGAAUGACAUGGGCUUCCAACAAGCGUUUGGUGGUGACAACGGACUCGAGACCCCCAACAGCUUCCGUGGCGAAGCCCUUAACGUGUCUGAAGAUGACCAGUCCAUCAACUCCAACACAGCCAUGGUCGCGCCGCUCCUACUGCAGCAGCAACACUUGCAACAACAUCAGGAGAUUCUUCAACAACAACAACAACAACAACAACAACAGCAACAACAGGGCUAUUUCAUGCAACCACCUCAGGGUGGAUACUACGGCGGACUGCACCCUGCCCACGCAUCCUUUAUGGCAAAUGAAGGACUCGAGAACCGCUCGUUUUAUUCUGGAGACGACAGCCAAUCCGAGUAUGAUCCAUAUAUGCGAGGCAUCAAUGCUGGCGGUCCCGGCGGAGAUUUUAACCGGUUCGAAAAUGAAUCUGUUUAUGGCGGAUCAGAGAUUUACAGACCCAACGCCAGAAUGUUUGGUGAUACUGAGAAGCGAGGCAUGAUGAUGCACAUUGAUGGAUCGUCACCCGACCCAGACCGCGAAGGGACCCUGGGUGAUGGAAAGGAUGGAUCUGGCAGGAAGGAAGGACUGGAGGAUGAGGAUGAGGAAAAUGCCCCGAUGACGACAGCCCGUCGCAACUGGGUGUUCUUGACCUAUGUGCUGACAUGGUGGAUCCCGAGCGUCUUUUUGUCAAAGUGUGGCAGGAUGAUACGGCCGGAUAUCAGGAUGGCCUGGCGCGAGAAGGUCGCACUUUGCAUCCUCAUCUUUUUCCUGUCGCUCAUCAUGAUCUUUUAUAUCGCGGUCCUUGGGGAGCUGAUCUGCCCCCAUCAGUAUGUCUACUCUCCCGGAGAGCUGUCGGGGCAUGAUGCCAAGUCGACUAGCCCCUUGACGAUGAUCCGAGGAGAAAUAUUUGACAUGAACAACUUCAUGGUCCAACACAAUCCCAACAUCGUCACCCAUACACAGCUGCUGCAGUACGCCGGAAUCGAUGCCACUCCCGUUUUCCCAGUCCAGCCCAGCUCGCUCUGCGAUGGUCUUGGUGGCUAUGGAUCCGCAUCCAUUGAUCCCUCUAUUCAGCUACCAGUCCUCGACGCCGUUGAUCCCAAUAGUAACUAUCACGAUUUCCGCUCGUUCAGGAACGACUCAAGACCGGACUGGUACUAUGAAAAUAUGGUAUUUAUGCGUCAAUGGCGAGUCGGCUUCUUGGCCUUCACACCACAAUAUAUUCGGGAACAGGCUGCGGCGGACAACAUCAAGAAGCGAUGGGCAAUAUUGGACGGCAACGUCUACGACAUGACCAGCUAUAUCCAGGCCGGGCGACAGGGUGUAAUAAUGACCAAGGCUGGACAGCAGGCGCCAGCUGGAGUGAAUGCGGCGUUUAUGGAGCCGUCUAUUGUGGAUCUGUUUGCAACGAGCGCAGGCGAGGAUGUGACGGCAAAGUACAGUGCCUUGCCUCUCGACAGCUCGAUGAAGACUGCUAUGCUGAUUUGUCUUCGCAAUUUGUUUUUCGUCGGCCGCGUGGAUGAGCGAACCAGUGUCCGGUGCCAGUUUGCCAACUACAUGCUGCUGUUGCCCUCGAUCCUGAUCGUCUGUACAAUCGGCUUCAAGUUUUUGGCGGCUUUACAAUUGGGAUCCAAGCGCGAGCCCGAGGAGCACGACAAGUUUAUUAUCCUCCAAGUUCCCUGUUACACUGAGGGCGAAGAAUCGCUCCGAAAGACCUUGGACUCUCUGGCGGCUCUGCGAUAUGACGAUAAGCGCAAGCUGUUGUUUGUGAUUGCGGAUGGAAUGAUUGUUGGCUCUGGAAACGAUCGCCCGACACCUCGAAUUGUUCUCGAUAUCCUGGGCGUCGAUCCCAAUGUCGACCCUGAGCCCCUCAGCUUCUUGAGUUUGGGCGAGGGUAACAAGCAGCACAAUAUGGGCAAGGUCUAUUCAGGACUGUACGAGCACAAUGGACAUGUGGUACCAUAUAUUGUUGUGGUCAAGGUGGGCACGCCCACGGAGCGUCAGCGACCCGGCAAUCGAGGCAAGCGAGACUCGCAAAUGAUCUUAAUGCGGUUCCUGAAUAAGGUGCACUUCAAUUCGCCCAUGACGCCUAUGGAGCUGGAAAUAUACCAUCAGAUCAAGAAUGUGAUUGGUGUGAACCCUUCGUUUUACGAGUACACGCUCAUGGUGGAUUCAGACACGGAAGUCUUGCCGGAUUCUUUGAACAGGAUGGUUUCAGUGUUCCUGCACGACACCAAGGUCAUGGGACUCUGCGGCGAGACCCAGAUUGCGAAUGAAAAGGAUUCGUGGGUGACGAUGAUGCAGGUGUAUGAGUACUUUAUCUCGCAUCAUUUGGCCAAGGCAUUCGAGUCUCUCUUUGGAUCCGUAACGUGCUUACCAGGAUGCUUCUGCAUGUACCGUAUCCGAACACCUACAAAGUCCACACCGUUGCUGAUCUCGAACAACAUUAUUGAGGAGUAUUCCGAGAACAGGGUCGACACACUCCACAAGAAGAAUCUGCUGCACCUGGGCGAGGACCGAUACCUGACCACACUCAUGCUAAAACACUUUCCCAACUACAAGAUGACUUUCACGCCCGACGCACAAUGCAGGACCAAUGUACCCGACCAAUGGAAGGUCUUGCUAUCGCAACGUCGUCGCUGGAUCAACUCGACCGUUCACAACCUGAUGGAGCUGGUGUUUUUGCCGCAGCUGUGCGGGUUCUGCUGCUUCUCGAUGCGGUUCAUUGUAAUGAUUGAUCUGUUUGCUACACUGAUCAUGCCGGUGACGGUGGUCUAUAUUGGAUACCUGAUCUACUCGAUUGUGUCCAAUUCGGCGGCGGUGCCCAAGCUGGCGCUGAUCAUGAUAGGAGCAGUAUAUGGACUUCAGGCGGUGAUCUUUAUCUUGCGACGGAAGUGGGAGCACAUUGGGUGGAUGAUUGUCUAUAUUCUCGCGAUCCCGGUCUUUUCGUUCUAUCUGCCAUUGUACUCGUUUUGGCAUUUCGAUGAUUUCUCGUGGGGAAACACGCGUCUGGUGGUCGGAGAGAAAGGUCGGGCCAAGGCCGUGUCUGCAGAUCAGCUGGAGGGCAAGCGGUUCGAUCCAAAGUCGAUCCCCCAAAAGAAAUGGUCCGAUUACGAACAGGAGUUGUGGGAGAUUCAGACCACUGGGUCGUUGGAGUCCAAGGGCUCGAGGUACCCAUAUGGCGCCGCAUAUGGCCAUGGAUCGACAACAGGGUCCAUCUAUGGAAGUACAGGAGGGGGCGAUAUGGCGAUGAGUGGUUUUCCUUCGAUGACCAUGCCGUCAGGUCCCUUCAUGGCAGGGGGUUUCGGUAACAGUCGCCCACAGUCCCCAGCGCUGGGACUCGGAUUGAUGGGAACGCCUGUGAUGGGCAAUGCUGGACUUGUUGGCGCGUCGUCGUCAUCAAUCCCAGGUACACCUACGCGGUCGUACUCGCCAGCACCUCAGUUCGCAUACCAGCAACAGCUACAGCCACAGCAGUACCAGCAGUUGCAGCAUAUGCCCAGGGAUUCGUGGACGGCCGUAUCUUCCGCAGGGAGUCAGAUCGGCAGCAAUGGCGGAAACGCAACACGAAUGAGUAUGCAGGGAACGCCUUUGAACCAGAACCAGAGCCCACGGUUCUAA